AGGCCUUUAUUUCGCUUUGCUGCUUUCGAAAGCCAUUUUUUAUUCAAAGGGUUUAUUUUGUGAUCUGGUGAAUGGUUUCCCCCGGAUCACCCUGAUCUUGAAAUUUUGCCAAUAGUCUCCUGUUGCAUGAUUUGUUGAUGUCAUGUUUUGGGUGUUCGAGACGCCACGUUUUGUGAAAAAAAGGUUUCGUUCUUCUCAAGUGCAGACAAUGGCGGCUCGGUUGCUUAAGGUAAGGUGUCGUUUCUCAGUAUUAUUCUUUGUCCUGUUUACAUGAAAUCAAAUGUUUAAUUUUGGUAAAGAUUUGCUUUCAUUUUACUUUCGAUUUCUGCCCAAAGUUCAUCUUUUUAGGUAAUGAUGAGUUCAAAAAACGGCCUCUUCUGCUCCAGAGUAGAACAUGUAGUUGUAAACAUUCCAUGGAGCAAAAAAUUCUGCUUAAGUAAAUUGGAAAGCUCUGUCAAUUCCUUUUCCUACAUUCAAAACACCAACCUUAGGAUUUUGUCGAUUUUUGAAAGGUUCUUACUCUAAAAAAUUUGCAAAACACCGAGCUCGUGCAUUAUUCAUUCGGAAUAUUGCUGACUUAUUUAAAAUAAAUUAUUCUUUGCAAUGAAGGUGAAAUAUAGGAUAAUGGCUGAGUUGCGACGCCUUCUUUAAAAUAAUGACGAGCGCGAUGUUAUUAUUUUUUGGGAAGGCCGAGUGAGCGAGGGCAUUAUCCGAUUUAAUGCACCAUUCUUUUGUUUUGAAACCGGCAGGUCAUUAUUGUGGUCACUGAAGUGGGACAGUAGGCUAUUAUUCCUCCUGUUCCACCUCAAUGACCUGCUCUUCCAUUUAUUGAAAAUAAUAACCUGUCCAAAACAAUGGAAAAGUGUAUUAAUAGUGGCAGCCUAUUUACCGAGCUGCGAAGGGCUGACGUAAACAUUCAUAAGGCCACAAUUCAGCGAGAUUGAAAGGAAUAAUUGUUUUAGUAUACAGCGUAUUUAUUGAAGGGUUGUUGCAAAAACUGUGCAGGCGACAACCCCGAAAGGUAAUAUGGGAUAUGAUCAAUACAGUGUUCCCUACACUGUAGCUAUCGAACCUAAUUUUGUGUCUUUCCUUUAGCCCUCGCAAACAUACGUCCAUGGCCUCUCUGGCCAUUCUUUGAAAAAACAGUGAAUUAAAAACCACCCACAUUACCUUGCUGGAUUGUCGCGUGCACUUUUUCCGACAACCUUUCUCGAACUAGCUGUAUACUAAAACAGUGGACAGUAUUUUUCGCGCGCUCUGAUUGGCUACUCAAUCAGUGAAUAUCCUGCACUAUUCACUUCGAUGAAUAAUUGUUAUAUAUACACAAAGUGAUCUCAACAGUAUCAGAAAGGAAACCAUUAAAAAGAUUACUUCGAUUGGUUUAUUCAUACAUGAACAUUUAGGGGUACCCAACAAGAAUAUAGCUCAAAACCACUCAAACAUUGCAUUGUUCAACGUAUUUUAGUAUUUAAGCGGUAGAUAUAGGCAUAUUUUUAUCCGCUAAAAAUUUUUCAUCUGUUAGGAUUUCGUAGCUGAAAGUCUAGAGAUCCGAAAAUUAUAGGGAUCAAAACCUACCUUUUCGAAAAUUUCAGACAGAAAAAAGGCUCUCGAAAAUUCUACGUGACCUCUUUAGGGUAAAAAUCCUUUAAAAAUGGGCAAUUAUACCAUUUUUCAGGUGUUCGAAAAUCCUAGGAGAGGCAGGCAAGCAAGAAAUUUUACAACAAAUGUUCCUAAAAUUCUAGAUCUCAAAUCGUCUUCCGAACAGAUAUUUUCCAAAAAUUGACGCUGGGUGCUCCCGAACAUUUUGCCGUUAACAGUAGGUACCCAAAAGUUCAACCUUUACAGUAUCUUCAAACAAGGGAAAUCAUAGUUUCAAUCUCUUUUUAACCUAUAGCAUUAAUAGUUCAAAAGUAAUCGUCAGACGUUUAAAUUGCUACCUCAUCUAAGAAGAAAUGUAAGCUUUAUAUGCUUCUGUCAACUCGCUAAUGAAAAUGGUUUAUUUUGUCACUUCUUUUAAGUGCUGACAACGGUGGCUCCGAUCGAGGUUAGCGUUAUCUGUAAUGUUCUUUGCCUUGUGUUUUUGCUGGUACAUUCAGUUUUCCAAAAUCAGAGUUGCUUUCAUCCUUUUUCUUGAUAAAUUAACUUGGAUUUCUGGGCAAAAUCUGUAGUCAACUUCGAGCGUAAACGUCAGUUACAGUAAAUCUCUUCACAAUAAUUCAAGUUUUUUAAAGACUUUAAAGUAACAUAAGCGCGAGGAUUUUCUUGAAUGUUCAAAAAGUUCUUAACCUAAAACGUUAGCAAAACAUUGAGUUCACGACAGCGAUUUUAUUUUACUUUGUACUUUCCGUAGUCUAAGAUAGCGAACCAACGAGUGCUUAUAUAAUAAAGCUAGACUUCAAUCCUUUUUAUGCCGCCGAAAAGCCGGCGCUUUUCUCUACCAGUGGGCUAUAACAUAUACCCUAGUAAUAGCUCAACCAAUCAGAACGCAGCAUUCAUAAUAGACCAUUAGUCGGAUUUUACUAAUGCCUCAUAUGCCGUGCUUUCCAAAUAUGGUCAGUUUACGCGUCAAGUCAAGAGAAAAUGCAAUUUCAUCGGAAGACUAAAGAGGCGCGGAGCAUGAUCGCUAAGCGAAUCAAAACUCUAGAAUUUCAAUAUCCAAAAUAGCGAACCAAUCAGAUUCCUUAAAACACCAAGAUCAAUGAGUGUUUAGUAUUGUAGUGUUUUAUGUUCCAAAACUAACCUAGAUAGUUAUCAAUUCAGUGAUUAUUUUGAGGGUGAUUUCGAUAUUUCUGAGUGACUCUUUUUUUGCGCAGCUCUGGCGCGCGAAGCGCGCGCAGAAGAGCACCAUGGGUAAGAAGUUUGGUAAUCACGUGGCCAUACACCGACCGAGAUUCCGUCCGCACCGCAGGCAUACCAAUGUAAAAUAAUUCAAUCAACAGGUAUGGCAACCGAAAUGCAACUCAAGGUUUUAUUUGGAAAGAAAUCGCAUGGCCGCCCGGACUUUAAGAAAGAAAAAACAACAAACUCGUGUCUUUUUUGACGUUAUUUUUGAUGUUUACACUCACCUGGAUAACAGAGAAAGAGCUUGAGCGAGUGAUUGAAAACGGAAGAGACGAAUUUUGUAGGAAGAAAAACAUGAAAAUCAAAGCGGCGGUGAGACAAUGAGAAAUGCCAGCGGCCAGCAAAGUGAAAAUGAUGGGCAGUGAAAAAUGAAAGCGAACAUGAACACAGGAGACAAAAUAUUGGGUAAACACAUACGACAAUUCCUCCAUAAAAAUAAUGUGUAACUAGGAAGUUUGACGAUUUAGUCCUACAAAACAGCAUUGUAGUUGUGCAAAAGAACGCAAAAGAAAAACAAAAAGUGUGUUGCACUUGCAAUUUGUUUUUUUGCUAAUAGGAUCUAUUGAUCUUGAUGCCAUUUUCAUUGCCGUCCCCGUUUAGCAUUACACGAUUUAAUUUUGUUUGUUUAUAAGUAUUAUUAACGAGAGCUUCGCUUUUAGCUCUGGCUAAAUCUAUAUAUUAUUGUAAAAGUUUUGUUAUUUUCUUCCGAAAAUAUAACAACACUUUCUGUUGAUUUUAUGAAGUGUUUAUUGGACUGAUAACAGAUUUACCACUGUUAUCAUGCACAUUGCAUAUUCAUAUCUUGUUGAUCUUAAACUCCUCGAACUGUACAGCAGUAAGGGAAAGCGAAGAACUAAUACAGAAUUAUGUUUUUUGUGAUACCUUUAUGUUUAUAAAAUAAGAAAAUAAAACAUGUCUUAAAAGUUGACGAACGUUCGUAUCUACAAAUUAAAUAGUAGCAAACGUGAAAAUGAUGUGAGAUAUGCUGUUUGUUUGCAGUGAAAUCGAGACGUGAGCUAUCUGAAAAUAAAUGUACUGUCUUAAAGCCAAGGACAAGUUGGAUGCUUGUUUCUUAGAAUAGAUUUGAGAUCAGGAUUAAUGCUUAAAACAACUUGUAAUAGACCAAGGUUUCCUUCAGCAGUAAUAUUUCCCUGGAGAUAUAGGAUUCAAUUAACUAGUCACAGAUAUAUGACUUUCCACAAGUUUUAUUUAAGGUACAGAAAAACGGGCAACAAAAAACGUGCAACUUGUCUUGCAACAUUGCUGCUAAACGAGUUGAAUAGCGAUGUUGCGCGUUUUACCACUUAUGUUCAAACCUAUUAAAAACCUGAUUUGUUGCAACACAGGUUUGAUAUGGGUGGUAAACCGAGCAACAUCGUUAUUCAACUCGCUUUGCAGCAAUGUUGCAAGACAAGUUGCACGUUUUUUGUUUCCCGUUUUUCCGUACUUUAAGGUAGCCUCCACAUUGUCCGACAGAACUUUAGCCCGACGUCGCUUUGACACAGUUGUCAGUUAUAAGAUUUGGUACUUCCUGUACAGCCAGCUGCCUGACUCAUUGCUUGGAUUAUGCUAGAGAAAGUGAAUUGACCGAUGGGGAAUUCCAGUACUACAGUGGGUAGUUUUCGGUUAGAAUGUGGCACAUAUCGUGAAAUUCUGAACACAAUUAGCCCCAGGGCUUAUAUCUUCCUUGGGCCGUUUUUGAAGAGCUUAUAUUCGAAGGUUCAUGUUAUACAAGGGAAAUCCCAUGAAGUUUAUAAUCAGCAGGAAAUUUGUGUCAGAAAUAAUUCAACCUACGAAUGAUGAUGAUGUAGCGCAUUGGCUUAAAAUUCGCAACAACCAAACAAACAAAUCUUACACAUUAAUUUAAUGGAUUUAACAACAUCACAUGUUAUAUUUUAUACCGAUAAGUCUAAAUUCGCACCAACGUAUUUAGAUUGCUCUUUGUCCAUAAUAGAUUAUAUAUAUAAAAAAUUCUAAAUUGAGAUAAAAGCCUGUCAGCCACCACACAUAUUCCACAUGAUUUACCGUAAUCUUCAAUAACAUUGAAAAGUCUGACGUAUUGGUUAUUUAUGAUAGGCCUUGAAAACAACGCUCGUAGUGCAGGAGGUGCUAUUUCACAGGCAGAAAAAAGAGAUCAAGGGUCUUUAACUUGGUGGAAAAGUGCUCCAUUCACAGAGACUACAAAGAAGUGAUUAAAUUAAUUAAAUCGACAAACAAUUUUCACUCGUUAAAAGUCACUACUCGUUGUAUUUUCGUUUUCUAAAGGGCAAAACGGUAGAGGUAGACAUCAGAGUAGAAACAGAAAGGCGCGAUCUAUGAACAACAUACAGUUGAUCCUCCAUAUAACGAAGGGUCGAAGGACUGGCAAAAUAUGCUCGCUGUAGCAACGGUUUGUUACAUCGAGGUUUACUAUUACUGGGCGAAAAAUAACAUUCGUUAUGAGUCAGGCAGCUGGCUGUACAGGAAGUACCAAGUCUUAAAACUGACAACUGUUUCAAAGCGACAUCGGACUAAUGUUUUAUCCGCCAAUUUGGAGGCUACCCAUUAAAAACUUCCUUAUAUAGAGGUUACGCUGUAGUACAUAAUACCUUCCUGAGAGAAUCCGCCGGAGGUUACCUGAUAAAAUUUUAUUACUUCAGGAUGAAUAUGAGAGGACAUAAUAUUCUGUUGUCUUUAGAAAUAAGUAAAACGACGGAAAGGAAAUCUAAUUUGAUCGACUGCAAAUAUUUCGAACCGAAGCAUCUGCGCGCUUUUUAUGUCACGUAUACUUCGUUCUUAAGAACGUCUUGUUUCCAAAAGAUUUUAAUUUGAUAGACGACAAUAACAGCAGUUUGCACCUUUUUUUAAGACGUUAAAAAUUGUAAGAAAGGAGUUAUCCACCGUUUAUGAUUUCAUCCGUCUGUGUUUAUAUGCCAGAUGAAACGUUCUCGUCAUUUCCAGCAAAAUCAGGCGAACAACUUUUUGUGUUGAGAAAAUAAACUUCGGUAUCAAUUUUUCUUUUGUCGAAAAGAAACUGUUGAUGAUUCACAAUGAAGGUUUUGCUUUCUCAGGUUAGAGUGUAAGGGGUUCUUUCACAGAUGAAAUUGUUCUGAAUACUAAAUGGUGAAUAAGGCUUUGAUUUUGUAUUUUGUCUUCCAGUUUUUCUUUAUUAUUUUGGCCGAAUUAUCGACUGGUGAAUUUUCGUCUUGUAUCCCUAAAGGUGAGUACCGUUUUCUCCUUUUCGAGUAUUUUUAAAUUUCAAUCUGUUUUGUAGCAUAUACAUAUCUACGCGCGCUUACGAUUGACUGAACACGGUCUUACUUCUCUUUCAGUUUGUCUUUUCUACUUUAAAAUUUUAUAGAAGCUGAAGUAAAAAAACCUGAGUAAACGAAUAGAAUAGGAUUCCGCUUUUUAUUUUAAAGGAAUGUUUUAGAUAUUUUAAAUACCAAGUGAACGUUUCUUGGCGAAAAAGAAAACGAUUCGUACCAAUGUUCGUCUGGGAAUACACUAUAUAUAUGACUGUACGGUCUGUUGAUAAAUGUCAAUUAUACAGAGUUGAACGUUGGCCUUUCUAGGUUAAUUUCUGCGGUGAUUUCAAUGAAUUAAUUUCAUUUUUCAAUUAGCUCCAUGACUAAAAUGACACUCACAUUAUUUGAGAAUAAGUGAAGUCUAGGUAUACAUAGAUUAAAUUAAUCUAUUUGAAGUUUCAAAUUUGUGUAUUUCUUUGUAUUUUUUUGUGCUUCCGUUCUUUUAAUAAAUCUUGUUCGAGAGCGUUUAUUGUUGGAAGUCAAAACAAAGAAAAAUCUCAUCCUGUUUACCGACAUUUUAAACUGCCACACGCUUCUGACGCCUCAGUUUAACUAAAUUAAUAAAAUGCUCGUAUAAAUUGAAAAAGAUGUCUAAGAUAAUUGGCCUCUAAGGAAAAAGCUUCAAUCUAUAAAUGCUACAGGCUAAAUAAAUUCAAGGAAAAUCCCUUGACAAAAGAGUUCUUUAGGAUACUUCAUUGAUAAUAUACUAGAAAAAUCUGAAAAUAUUAUUGUAUCGUUUCCUUUCGCUUUCAAAACGUGAACGAAAACACUAUAUUUUGUUUACUAAACAAGUAUUAAUCGUUUUUCUGUUAGUUCGAUAAACUGGGAACAAUUUUACCAUUUAUUAAAAUGAUGCUGAGAAAAAAAUAAAUGCCAUUGAAAGGUUUUAAGUAAGUGAUUGCAGAAAACAUGAAAGUUAUAUUUCUGAAGAUUUUCGAAGUGCUUUCAUUCAUCCCUGGCUCAUUCCAAGUUAUUCCUUUACAUAGUUGCUGAUUCUCUUCCUCUUCACGUUAAUCCAAGUGUCAACACGUGAAGGAAACAUAAUCUUCCUAUGCAGGGAUCACGCACACAAAAAAUGGAUGAGGACGUUUCUUUGACAUAGUUACAAUUUAAUACUUUAGGUCUUGUUUACAGACGCAGGUGGAAAAAAGGACCCAGCAUAAAAGAAAUGUAUAUCUAAAAAAGAAAUUUCAACCGGUAUUGUGAACCUUUUCCCAUUCAAAAGUAUAGUGGCUGUUGAGAUUUGUAAAGAAGGCUGUUUAAAAAAAUGAUGCAGGAUAAAUGUACCAUCCAUGGGUAGAGUUUGUUUUGUGGACGCUUAAUAAUUAAGGCAUUCAAACUAUUUCUCCUUUUCUGAUUGGCUUAAAUUCCCCAGCUAAUUUUUCAUAUCCAACUAACGCUGAAGAUACAAUAUUAAUUGACGAUUAUCGUCAAGCGUUUCAAUAAUAGCUGAAGAUUGAAUCACACGCUACAUGCAGAAACAUGUUUAACUGACUCGAAAAGACAGCAACAACACAAAAAUGGCACUCCUUUUCAAUUUCUUUUUUGAGUUAUUCGGCUUUGGCAGGAUAUAAAAACUAUUUGAAGGAACAGAGAGCAGGCGGAGGAAGACUCAAAAGACUCAAAAUAUCAUUGAGUAUAUGUUCCUCGUCAGUUGCUGUCAAGCAACGUCAUAAAAAAAUGAUGGAGAAAAUAAUUAAAAGUGGCCAGCGCUUGCAAUAGACUGCAUUGCAAACCUAAGCCACUGAUUGUAUAUCAAUAAACUUUCGUUCUGUAUUGUGCCGACAGAAUACCGUGGAGUAAGACGAGAAGUCUGGAGAGGCAUCAGUGGUGGUUGGUAUUUGAAACAUUUGACGUCGGACAGUAGAUUUCCAAACUCACCAACAACAGUGGAGGUCCUUCAAGAACUGUCAUCGCCACGAAAUGAAGACGAUUUUUAUGGUCAGAGAUUGCAAGCGUACUUCAUAGCACCAUCGAGUGGAAAUUACACCUUUUAUGCGACUUGUGACUCGGAGUGUGUAUUCUAUUUAGGUUUUGACGAAAAGCCUGAGAACAAGAAAGAGCUGAUAAGGAUUGACCAGGACCAUAGGACUGGGUACGACCAGUGGAACAGGUAAAAUGGAGAUUUCUAACUUGGCCUUGAGUCAAAGUUGAAAUAUGUACUUUUGAUUAUAAGCUUGUUUUUAAUUAAUUCUUAGAUAUUUACUACAACGGUCAUGUUUGCAAGAACUAGAGAAAGGAAAGUUGUAUUUCAUUGAAGCAUUGCACACUAACUACAUCAAAAAUGAUCACAUGAGAAUUCACGUGCAGUUUCCUGGAUUCAAUACUUCAAGUUCACUGGAUCAUAAAAAUCUGUUCCUUUAUACGCCAGGUAAACACUUCCUUUGUCAAAAAAACAUAGUUUUUAGUUAAUAAUGGAGCAUCACAUUAAAAACCCUCCGGUUUGAGACCAAGCUGGGUCAAAAGCCUACAGUAUUACUCCAACAAACCUGAACAGAAAAUAAACAAUGGACCUUAUUCACGAUACCCGCCAUCUUUGCACGUGCUUACUGACUUAUGGACUUAUGGGUUCUCAGGGGCAAACAAGUGAAAGUUUGCCAAUGCAAGAAAUCGCGGUCGAGUUUUGUUUAUUCUAGACAACAGAAAAUUAAGAACUUUGCAUAUAAGGACGAUAAUGGCAAGUUAUGGGUAGAAGUGAUCAUUGUUACUUCUUUGGAUUCAGAUGAUACCGCAGAUGUUCUCACAGCAAACGAUAAUGACGUAAAUAUUUUAUAUGGCAUAUGGGUUUUUCAUAUAUUGCUUCUAUUAAUGGUAAAAAAAGGCAUACACUUUUCACAUGCAGCUUUAACUUAUCUGUCUAAGGAUCCUCUGUCCAAACCACCUGUGUUCUAUUGAGACGGUGCGGUGUAACUUGUGGUGGGGGACAACAAACACGCAUCAUGACAAGAGAUAAGCUGGUCAGCGGAGCAUGCGUCAACGAAACAGGCAAUCACAGUGAGUGGCUAUUUUGUUAAGAAGGAUCGCUUUAGUUAUGGAGACUUUCUUUUCAUGUACACCACAUAUUUCUCGCAAGCCAAAAACCACAUGCAAUAAAUGCCCUCUUACAGGAGAGUAAUUCACUUGAAAUAUAGCUGACAAGAGCCUUUAGAUACUUUAAGAAACAACGCCAUUGAAAUAGUCUAGAAUCAUUCGUGCUGCAAUGAAUUACGAACUGUGACACUGUUAUCUUCUUGGUAACAGUUUGAACUUUGAAUUUAUUUUAAACUGUGAUGUUCCCCCUCUAUGUCUAUGAAUAUUAUGGCACUGUAGAAUUCUUGCACCGACCAACGUUUUUUAAUAACCUUGUACUGACAGAAUGUGAAACACAUAUCAUCCAUCUACGUCCUUCUUUACAUUAUACUCACUCUGCUCUAAUAACAGUUUGUUGUUCUGUCCUGAACUCAGAGGAAGAAACGACUUUGUAUGUAGAAGCCUACAAUAUAACAACGUCAGAAGCUGUCAUAGCCUGGAAACUUCUGCAAACAAAUGCGUCUGAGUUAAUCCCUGUGUCUGGCUACACUGUUAACGUGAAAUCAAAACAAGAUAAGGGCCAAGAGAAAACGGUCAACACAAGUGUACAUUUAGUGGCGUUUGAGAACUUAAAGACUUUCACCAACUACUGCGUUACUGUUGAACCGCUGACAGUUUUAAAAGGACUUGGAAGAGAUAUCUGCUAUUAUUUUACAACAGACGAUGAUAGUAAGUUUGCUUAUCUACUUUGGUGACUUACUUUUCUCAGGAACCUGAUAUUUUUCUAUAACGUUAGAGACUCCGUUUUGCCAACCAUGUGAUAUUAUGCUGGGCAUAACAAUGUCUGUAGCCGACGGUUCGUCGCGAUCACAUGUACUCUAGCUACACUGCUUUUAUCUCCUGAUCCUAACAUUAACAAUAAUAAGAUUUUCUUAAACUCAGUAAAUAACGCGUGCAAUAUGUCCUUGAUCUUUAGUUCCAGACCUCCCACCGCAGAAUAUCACCGUGGAGAGCCGUGGUUCAGUGUUGCAUUUGAAAUGGAAACCAGUCCCCGAGCAAAAUCGAAACGGAGUCAUCCUGGGUUAUAAACUGAUUAUAAAGUUGACUAGUGCAACGUACCAUCAACAAAAGCCAAAUGAUGAGGACACGGGGCAUUUGUCGCGCUUUGCCACUGUCCUGGAAGCUAACGUUUUCUUCUUCGAAUUACGUAAUGUUGAAGCGUUUACUUGGUAUUGUUUCAAGAUGCUGGCUUUCACAAGGAGGGGAGAAGGGCCUUUAAGUUCUUGUGCUUUUAUUCUCACUGAAGAAGCAGGUAGGAUUAAAGCUAUCUCAAGCUAUUUCCCCAACCCUUGAGCCAUUUCGUCUUAUUUGCUUGCAACAUUAAUUUAGGGUAGAUUUAUUAUUAGCACAGUAUUAUGUUAGCAUAGCAGUCGCAUUUACACGCUGGAAUUUUUAUUGUUUUUGAGCUUAACAACAACAACAACAAAAACAUCCAACGGGAAAAUAAUAGAGCUAUGCGGAUAUGCUGAAAAUGAGUCCACCCCAAAGUUUUAACGGCUAGUCUCGAAAGAAAAGGUGGUAAAAAUCGAGAGCGAAUCAUGUCAGCUUGUCUAAAUUAAACAAGAAAAGUGCUAAACAGUUACCAUGUUUUCUAAACAGCUAGACUCACUUUGGUCUCCGAAAAAUGCUGGAAAAUAAUAAUAAUAAUAAUAACACAAUAAUACCGAACAAACUUGCUGUCAUUCAGUCAUACUUUUUUAACUGAAUCUUUAUUAAUAACUCCAGAAACAGUACAAUGCAAUUAUUAUUCAUUCAAAAUAUUUUCCCAGUUCUGAUUGGCUAAAAGCACACGCAUAAUUCACCAUAACCACUUACUGAUGACCAAAUUUGGAAGCAAUUUGGGUUUAACGAGGAAAUGACGUAAAAAAUGCAGCCUUCUACAGGUUAAUGCGCCGUUAACCAAGAAGACCUGGGACGAGGUUGAGUUGUUUUCGUUGUGAAAACUAAAAUGGCGGACACUUCACUCGUUUCAAGAAUAAGAACUACAGCUGGAACUAGACGAAAUAAUGGCUAAAAACAUAGCAAAAACAGCAAGAAGACAAGUCGGAGGGCUACAUCUGCUAUUUGGAGAAUAUUUGCGGAGCUGGACAAACUUAAACGUACACUAUCAAAGAUAAACUUAACAUCGAUGCAGGUAAGCAUGUUUUAGCUAUGUUUUCAAACUAGGAAUUAUUUUGAAUGAAUAAUAAAGCAAUUAACGAAUUCGGCUUUCGUAGGAUAUGAAGAAUUAAGCAGAUCUAAUUAAUUCUUCAUAUCCUACUCAGCCUCAUCCAUUAAUUGAUAAUACCGGUCGAUCGGUUAAUACAGGCCUGAUGAGCCUGAAAACUAUGCUAAAAGAAUACGAUGAAGAGAACCAGUACUAAAUUGUUUGAUAAAGCGACUUUUUAAUAUAAGGAAAGACGAUAAGGGUGAAUCGAUUGGACCUUGCGGCCAAGUGACUGUAUAAGUAGUAUGGAAGAGAAGUUUUAUUCCACUUUUUUGAGGCGGAAAAAAACGCAGAUGACGUAGGCAUCAUUAAGAUCGGAUGAUGUCGCGCUUUUUUUUUGUUUUGCCUAUUGUAUCUGGUUUAACGGGUUUGAAGUUCGUUCCUUUUUGGAUUGAUGAUCUUAUGAUUUUUGAUUGGUUGACUCACAAGUUCGAGCUCGCAUGUCAAUUUAAAUCACUAAAACAUAACGUAUUCAUCUAAGUUUUAUUUCUUGACCAAUUUCCGUCCAUGGCUCCAGUUUACGAAAUCUCGACAAGAAAUUAUGCAUAUUAAUGAGGGUAAAGGAAAACUACAAUGUAUCUCUUUCUAAGACUAGACACAAAACACUUUUUGUAAAUUUCUAACUUACCCUCUCCCCUUCCUGCGCCUUCACAAUAAUUCAAUAAUUUCUCUCCUCCUCCUCUUCCUCAAUUUUGUUGUCUUUUCCUCACCAGCAUCUCACAUGUCUAUUGUUUUCCUCUACCUCCUUUAUCACGAAGUUUCCACGGUUUCCCUUGUCCACCAUCCAUUUUGUAUUGUUUUUCUCCAACACCAUAUCUUUAUUGUUUUCCUUUCUCCUCAUCCUCUCUUUAGACGGGUUCUAUAACUGCUUUUGUAGCUUCGCUUUUCACUUUUGGUGUCGUUACUAGUUCUUUUGUUAACAUAAUAGAUUGUGUUGCAUUCUAACCUGAGAUCAGGCUCUAUUUUCGUUUCGCUUUGAAAAUAACCUUCCGGCAGGCUAAAACUGGGCCUGAUCUCAGGUUAAUUGCUUUCAGGGGCUGUUAACAGGUUGACGUUGGGGUAGAGAUUGUAUAAUGCAAUGCAAUAUAACCAAAAAUACCCUAUUUGUUGUGGAGGAGGGAAAAACAACAGAAAUGUGGCACUGGUAAAAAUGAACGAAUACAGUAGAGACAUGAUGGUGGUGGAAGUGAAGGAAUACGACAGGAAGUUGACGAGAAUGAGGAGAAGGGAAGUAAUUUAAUUGUGGGAUAAUAAUGUUUACUGCUAAGAGAAAGCUAGUUUCCCAUUGCUUUUAUGAAUAAGUCUAAUUUGCAGGCUACCAAUCAGUGAGCCAGAACCUCAAUCAAUAGUUGCGACAGGAAAUAAACCGUGCGUAACCAUGGUUUGUUUUACUUUAUCUUUGUCAAAGUAAAUAAACCAAUCAGUGCCUCUUUAAAUUUAAUCAAUGAAUCUGAAGCCAUGGAUGAUCUAAAUAUAAACUAAAAACCCGUCAAACUAGUUAAACUAGGCACCACAUUAAAAUAGAACACCCUAUGUUCUGUUAUCACCCUAUGUUCUAUGACGUUAUAGAACCUUAAAGACAUGGGAUUCCAACUAAACAGUAACUAAAAGUGCGGAGUAAAAUAUUUCUACCUUACUUCUCGGGUAACUGCUGAAUAAAGUAGUGAUUCUUAUACUGUCACCUGUUAGCGCUUUCUUAACAUUAAUCCCACAUUUCCCCUUCACCUAGUAGUGAUAACGUCGCCAUCAUGUCAUUUUCACUUUACAGGAGCGAAUUGUAAGUCGAAGAAGGUGCUUUUAAUGACGGCUUCUUUAAGACGACGGACGUCUUAUCCCGUGCGAUAAGAUAUAUUUUAUAUAACAGAAAAAAAGCAUGCUAAAUCUUUCCAGACUCUAAUGGCAACCACCAAAAUUUGACGACCGACAUAUUUUCGUACAAAAGCGGUUAACAAAACGCUGACAAACGUUGUUUUUCAGUACCCAGCCUGCCUCCAAUGAAUGUGUCUACCACACCAUUAAAUGCUACGUUCUUUUCCGUAACUUGGGAACCUGUACCUCCUGGUCACAACCAUGGAAUAAUUCUUGGAUAUAAAGUAUUACUCGAAAAUAUGGAAGAUACGUCGUUGGUAUUGACUGCUAUUGUGAAUGUUAACCAGACUUGGAUAAUGUUAAAUGAAUCUAGUAAAUCAGCGCCAAUACUUUGCGCAAGAGUUGUAGCAUUCACAAGCAAAGGAGAUGGACAAUCGAGCACUUGCAAUGAGGUGUGGACUUGGUCCGAAGGUAAACUACUCUAUGGGUUAUACAGGCGAGUGAGAUCGGUCGAGCAGCCGAGUAUCUUAAUAAUACUCCAUUUACAGGCAUUUUACACACCUACAAUUGGCCUGUUCUCCAAUGGGCCACGUACAGUGUUUAGUGUGGUAUCUUUAAAGUCGUGAUUUAAAUUCUGGUUAAGGCUGACUUUUUCCAUGUUCUCUUGUUACCUACUCAUACUUUUUGUUUAGUCACCGCAAGGAUCUUCGUUAUUAUUCUAAAAGUGUCCACCAAGGUUGUCAAAAUUUAAGAUGGUAAGCCUCCACUGUCCUCUUUAGCCAGCAGCAGGUUGUAGGUAAAUGGCAUCGGUUUCCUGUCUGGCGCUUUAAGUGACCUUAAAUUAGAUGUUUUGUGUUAGUCCGCCCUUGAGUGAACCUUGAGAUAGGAUCAAUGCCUGGAUAAUUAUUAAAUAAAAACAAGAGCCAUUAUGAUCUCUUGAUAAAAAACAACUCUGCGAACCUAUUGGCCUUGGACAAGGUGCAUUCAAAGUACUCCCAGAUGCCAACUAAUGAAAGGACAAAAUCGAAAAUUGUUUUCAACAGCGAGGAAAAACAAAACCGAAAAAAGUUAUUCCAAAAUUUUCGACCGUAAUUGUCCGUCUUGUUCACGAGAUCACCUUGGCCUCUACUGACAAGGCCAAGAUCACAACGUGACCUUGACCUUGGAAACUAGGGUUAAGGUGAAAACGAGGCUGUAUGCCAUCAUUGGUGCUCCAGAUGAUCCCAUAAUCACAGAUGCCGACGAAAAUUUGGGAAUAUCUUUUUUUCUGCUUUCCCCUCGCUGUUGAUAAGAAGAAUCUUUGAUAUUAUAUUGUCCUUACGCCGUGAAUAAAUGUGUUUUAUGUUCGUCAUCCGAAAUUUUUGAAAUGAAAUAUACUUGGUUUCCGGUUUUAACAGAAACCAUGUUCCCGAAAAUGACAGCAGUGAGUCACUACAGUCCAACUGGCAUCAGAGUGAAGUGGAAUAAACUACGUACCUUAGUACUUCGUCAAUUAACACAUUAUAACGUGACGUAUGAAGAAGUUAGUGAGGCAGGUUAUCCUGUGUUAAACUCUUCGAGUACAACUGUGAAUGUAAGGGCGGAUUCAAGGAAACUGACUCUUAGUGGACUCAAGACAUACACAACGUACAAAAUAAGAGUGGAACCUGUCACCUUUGAUGCCAAGAUGCAUAACAACAAAAUCAUGUUUGCAGGUAUGAUAAGUUAACAUCGGAUCCAAAUUUAUCUCCACAACAAAUUUCUGUCUUAGUAAUGAUUACCUUGUUUUUAAGGCAGUUUAGUUGGGUUGGUUUAAACUUGUGCAAGGAAAAAAACAUUUGACACUCUCGUAAUAUUUCAAGUUAUAUUUUAUGCCACGAUACGGUUUCAAGUUGAGCAACGAACCAAUUUGCUCUGUCAGAUAAACUAACACAUCGAAAAAGAUACGUCAUCGACUUUGAAAUAACUAAAACCCUGUCAAACAGGUUAUAUUAAGCACAAAAUAGAAAUAGAACGUGACUUCACCCAUCUUAGGGACUCUUCACGUGAGUCCGAUUGACUGGGCUGGCCCGGUUUCCGAGAUCUCGCCUUACCUCAAAAUACUUUGAAAACUUUUGGAUGUGUUCAUAAGAGAGGGCGGGCUGGCUCGGUUCCCGAGAUCUCGGUUUUUUCCAAGCGGGAAAAAUGUCGAAAAGUUGAUGUGGGAACGCUUACAGCACAUCUGAGCGUAACUAUCAAACGUUAACAAGAUCUAAGCUAAAAGUAGUUUUGGGGCCCUGUUGGAGGGCAAGAGUAUGCCCUCUAUAAAAAUGGCGGCCAAUGUAAACCAUACUACUUUGUUGAAAAACCAAAGUGCCAUAAAAUAUCUCCCUUAAAUGCGUUUCCUCUCAAAUUUUGGGUGUAAGACAAUUUUUGUGUGCUCUGUCAAUUUUUGGAAUCACGCAAGAUUGUAACUCAUUGUUUAAAGGAAGCAUUGGUCACGUGACCUCUUAGUGGAAGUGGCCUAUUCGGAUGUUGUCGUCUUGCAUUGCCUGCUGUGUUUUUCACGUCAUAAGCAUCCCAUUUAACUGCAGCUGUACAGCUUUAAGGGUUGCCAAAGCCAUUGUAGUCGCAAAAGUUAUAAUUUUUGCGUUUCGCCAUGUUUGCUUUGUUUCUCGAAUUUCGGAUCAGGACCUUAGCCUUUUCUCAUCUCGGAUCCGGGUAGGAAUUUCUCAUAUGAACACAAGGCGAAAUUCGUCCCGUUAACAGGGCUCAUCUGAAGAUGAAAUGUUAUUCAUCGGUGUUAAGGUAGAAGUGCUGUACGAAAGACAUAAUGCAGAUGCCCAAGUCAAACGAUGAAAGAUUCUGAAAGGUUUGAACCUAAUAGACAUUUCAUAAGUAGGUGGUGAAUGACCGACCGGGUGAGAGUAGUCCUGAAUGGCAGUUUGUAAAGAAGAGAGUCCUAUUUAGGGCUACGCUCGACCGGUCGAUUAUUCGCCACUUACUUAUGCGAUGAAACAUUGAUACAAAACUAAAAGUAACCAUUAUUAAAAGCUACUGAGCGAGUGUAUCAUUACUUUUGUGCUUUAUUGAACGAAAACGAAGAGUGGGCAAUUUUUGGUUCCAUUUUUUUCAGAAACAUGCCGCUGUCCACAAGUUAUGUUCGCCAACUGGUACCCCAAACCCCCUUAUAUUAUCAAAGAAAACGCAACUGCCAAACCACGCGGUAUUAUCCCAGAAAUUCUAGUGCAUAUGCUGCAAGUCUCAUGCGGCCAGUGCCUCGCGUAUCAGACUUGGAACAUAAGCUACAAUUUCAACAAAACAGAGAACAUUUUGGACCGAGAUAACCAACCAUGGGUGGAUUUCCGCUUUCCAGUCAGAUCAGCUGUUGGAAGAACUACAUACAGGGGUAUUCACAAGUACAUUCCUCUUUUGACCAUUCCUGGUGUGGCUUUGAUGACAAGAAAAAAGACACCGUCUGGAUAUGCUCGUGACUUAAGCAAUUCUGUGCUGGCUUGUUGGCCUAUUUUUGCAGUUAGUUUUUCUAUGGCGAUAUUAACUGGCAUCCUUAUUUGGUUUGUGGUGAGUCACUUAAUUAAGAAUAGUCAGUGUCGUUUCAUCAAAUUAAAUAAGUACAAGUCAUGUUCAAUUUUCCGAGGGAGUGUUCGUUUGUAAAUGAACACAGUGAGAACUGCUAAUAGCUAGACUGAGUGAGAAAGAAAGAGGAACGGAAUUGUAAACGGAACUUGUCCCAUGAAAUAAGCAGGAUUUUUAAGCCUAGCCGCUUUAUAAAUCUCCAGGUUGGUAUUAGACAUAAACGGCACGUAUGUCUCUAGCUUCGUUUGGAUUUCCACUAAGAAUGAAUGGAAUGCAUAGAACGUAAUCUGAUCAUAGUUGUUUGGGCCUUCUUCAGGAGGCUCCUGCCUUCUAUCAUUUGCAGUCUGUUGACGUGUCUUUUGACCAGCCAUUACGUGAAACAUACGUAAAUUGCACAGCGUUGGCCCAAUAGCGUUUACUUUGUAAUCUUUGGCUAUUACUAUUUUUUAAAUAAGAUUUCACAAGACAAGAGGCACAACCGUUUCAACCGCCUUUUUUCUGCCCAACUAUAUAAGUACCUGCCCUCCUAAAUAGUUUUUAGCUGGGGACAACAAUAGCGUGACGUUUGGUACAAGGCCUUUUGCGGAUCUAACGCAACUGCGGGGCUGGGAAUUGAUUUUACUUCUUAACAUCUCAACAUGUAAGUCUUUUACCUCGCUGGGUGAUCAAUCUUUUCAUAUGGCUGCCCCAAUAUUGUGGAACGAUCGUCCCCUUUUUAUUAGAAAUACAUCUUCAGUAAAUGGUUUUAAAAAGGCACUGAUUUAAAAACACAUAUAUUUCAGCGUUUCCUAGCUAAUUUAUUCUUACUAUUAUUACUUUUAUAAAUUAUCAACUUAGAUUUGUAACUAGGAUUUUAAGGAAUAAUUAGUCAUUGCCUAGAAUUUUAGAAUUAUUAUUUUUAUAAAUUAUUAAGUAGGAUUUGUAAAUAGGAUUUUAGGAAUUAUUUGGUCAUUGUUUUUACAAUUUUUGGAAGUUUGUUAAUUACUAUUAUUAUUCAAUCAAAAUAUUUGCCCGAUUCUGAUUGGCUAAAAAGCACACGCAUAAUUCACCAUAACCAGCUACUGAUGACCAAAUUUGGAAGAAUUUUGCGAUUAAUGAACCGGUGACGUCAAAAGUCCAGCUUCCUUGCAGGUUAAUGCACCGUUAACCGAGAAGACCUGGGCACGAGGUUGAGUUGUUUUGGUUGUGAAAACAAAAAUGGCGGACAUUUCGCCCGUUUUCAAGAGUAAGAACUAGGCGAAAUAAUAACUAAAAACAUGGCAAGAACAGCAAGAAGUCAACUCGAAGGGCUAUAUCUGCUAUUUGGAGAAAAUUUGCGGAGCUGAACAACCCUAAACGUGCACUAUCGAAGAUGAACUUAAAAUCGAUGGAGGUGAGCAUGUUUUAGCUAUGUUUAUAAACUAGGAAUUAUUUUGAAUGAAUGAUAAAACAAUUAUUGAAUUCGGCUUUCGUAUCAUAUGAAGAAUUAUGGAGAUCUCGGAGGGUGUUAUCCGCCUCGGCCUACGGCCUCGACGGAUAACACCCUUCUCGAUCUCCAUAAUUCUUCAUAAGAUACUCAGCCUCAUUCAUUAAUUUUUAAUUAUUUGUUAAUGUAGAUUUACUUUUUUAUAUAGAACUUUUAAAUAGGAUUUAUGUAAUGCGCAGAUGAAAAUUAUUCAAUAGAUUGAUAUUUGCGCGAUACAAAUUAAUAAAUAAUAAUAAUAAUAAUAAUAAUUUUUAGAUACCAGGCGCUCAUAUUGGAUAUUGAUAUUAUCAUAAUUUAUUAAUCAUUGUUUAAUGUCAGUACUACCUCUCUCUGUUUUAUAGGAAUAUAAUUCUAAUUCUCAGCAUUUCUUCAACCAUUUCCAUCAAGGCAUCGUGGAAGGAAUAUGGUGGUCCCUUGUUACCAUGACAACUGUGGGGUAAACAAUAUUGAUUAGAACCAGUGAAUAUAAAACAAUAGUUUGCAUCCAAACCAGUGACCAUCAGUUCUCGCAACAAAUUAAUAAGAAAAGCAAAUGUGACGAGUGCUUGAGACAAAUUAAUCUUUAAUUGUUAUGAAGUGAAAGUUACAUUUGUUCUAGCAAAAGCAAAGAAGAUUUUAAUGGCCAAAAUCGAAAGUGAUAUGAUACGAAAUUCAAUCAUUUUUGCUUGUAGGAAGAACUAUAAUUCCAAGAGUGGCAACCGAAACACGUUAUUAUUAUUCUAAAUGGCAGCGUGCGGAAAAUUUGAAAGCUUGUUAAACUAGCCGAUACCUAUCUGAUGCUUGAUCCGAUUAAUAAUUUCUAUUAAAAAGAAAAUAUUCUUAAAAAAAUAAUUGUUAACUCUUAAACUCUUUCUGACAAGCUACUACAUACAUAAAAAAACCUUUCUGAAAAUGAAGAAAUGAUCGUCGCAGUGAACGCAAUUUAUGCAAUUGCGUAAAGAAGCCUGAAAAAAAAAAUUAAGGACUUCAACGGGGUUUGAACCCGUGACCUCGCGAUACCGGUGCGAUGCUCUACCAAAUGAGCUAUGAAGCCACCGACGUUGGGGGCAGGUCAAUUGUGGAUUCAUAUGUUCCCGUGAAAGAAAUGAGUGUUAAUGAUAUAUGAAAUAAAUCAUAUAUGAACUGCGGAAAUGAAAAAAAUGAAAAUGAAAGGAAAUGAUCAUUUCUUCAUUUUCAUUUCAUUUCUGUAGUUCAUAUAUGAUUUAUUUCAUAUAUCAUUAACAAAAACCUUUCUUCUCAGAAAUUUUAUUCGUUGUUUAAAUUUUAGACACGUCAUGUAAUUACUCGGCCUUACUUUUAUCUUAAAUGAACUUUCGCUUCAAGAUGAUACUCUUGUUCUUCUAUCUUCAGGUACGGGGACAGAUACCCAAAGACCAUUCUCGGGCGGUCAAUUGCUAUUGUUUGGUUCCUGGCCGGAAUCGUUCUGUCUUCUCUUCUAGUUAGCUCUCUGACUUCCUCCAUGUCCGUGCGCAUUCUCGAUAAACAUUUAAGCGUGGCCACUCAAGGCAGAAAGGUCAUUUAUUUUUUAUGUAAUUUACAUUAUAUUGCUUUGGUCAACUAUCACUUAUCACUAUCACUAUCGCUUUCUCUUCUCUCUGCCGAAAGAAACUUCUAUCAGAGAUCAUUAGAGCUUGCAGAAAACGAUUUCUGUGACUUAUGAAUUCUUCAUUAACCUACAAAUUGUUUGGCUGUUUAAAUUACACAGAAGAAGCGCGCAAAAUGCACCUUUCGGCGUUGAGAAGAGGAUUUCGUCGCAUUUUAAAAAAAUAAAAAAAUGGAUGCAACUGCGUUCGUCGCAUAAAAGCCUAUACAUGUAGUUUGUUUUUUUUGAUAUUCUUCACACAGGUUGGGUCACUGGCUCAGUUUCCAGAGUAUGAAAUUCUUGUCCGAUACAAAUCGCAAGUAGGAGGUAGUAAGUUUUGUAUAUCUAUUACUAUGACUGUUGUAGUUAUAAUUACUAGUAAAUUUCGACCCUGCUCGCCAUAGAGCCUCCAGCAGCUCGUUGGUUGGAGCAUCCGAGCUAGAACUCGGAUGGUCGUGAAUUCGAUUCUCUCUUGGAGCUCGCUUUCUAGCCUUAGAAUUCUCUUUUUUCCAAACUGGUUCAAAUGACUCUUCCGCAUGAAAACGAGACAAGAAAUAUUUACAAGGAUUCUGAUGCACAAUUUCUCUUAAAAGACUCAACCUUAGAUUAAAUCUAACAAAAAAUGUCGGAAAGCGGAUCGAGCGAACGGCACCCGCCUUGCUUGGAAGGUAGGUAGAUCGAACAAAUGGUAUACGUACCCACCUCACUCGGCGCACUUUCGCAGACUAACCUUGUUGAAUUAAAGGUGUAAAACCCGUAAUUCCGUAAAUAUAUUUCUCAGCAACCACAUGAAAACUAGCCUGCAUAACAGGCGCCUUAGGAGCCAAGCGAGGCCAACGCGGCAUCUCGCGCGAAGCUUAAGGCGCGGGGAGACGAAAAAAUAAAGCGCCUGUUACCAGUCCAUAGUUCUGGCUCUUCCCACGUUCACUACAUGAACGUCGCGUUCCAAUUGGUUAAUUGAUGACGCGUUGUUCUGGCUAAAUUUUGGCAUGUUUGUCUUCAACAAAAUGGCCGUCACGCAGUCACUUUCUUUUGACGAUGCUCGGUUUGAGAUGCUCUUUGUUUAUUCCCAAAUAUUUCAGAUAUAAAGGAAAAACAAAAGAAAUGUUUAAAUUUAUUGCUAAAGAGGAAGGAUGUUCUUGGAAUGCUUCCAACUGGGUUUGGACAAAGCCUGAUUUACCAACUUUUUGAAAUAAAGUGUUGACACGCCAAACACGACUCAUGUGAAACGAGACAUUAGCGUUUGUUAGAACAACAGGUUUUUCCUCUUUUCUUUCUCGCUGCUGUGUUUGGACAUUCUAAAAUUUGACUGAGCAAAUCCUAUUUUUGCUUCACUAAGUCUUACAUUAAAGGUGUUUCAUGCACUAAUUGCGUUCCGACGAAGGAGAACGCAUACUAUUUGAGUCUUUUUGUGCGCCGUACAUAAAGUAGCAACCGUUUAUAUCCAGGCGAUUUCACGGUUUGGACGCCGUCUUGGACCGGCCUGGCACAUUUUGCCUCGAUCUCAUGUUUCAUUUAAUCUGGUAUCUAUUUUGUGACAGUCGUUCGUUCACAGAUGAAACGGGCAGAGCUGUCAACCUCCCACGUCUUCAAAUAUUGAGAAUUGACGGGAAUGAGAUGUAGAUGACGUCAUAAUGCACGGCAGGUGACGUCAUUUGUGAAAAAAAAACGCGCGAAACACAUGUUGUUGGAAUUCUAACAUUUGACCUAAUUGGUUUACUUCCCACCAAUCACAUCAUUGCUUAUAUUACAAUGACAUACCGGAGUUUGUGAGGAAACGUUCCAUGUUAACAGUAAGAUAGCUCAAACAACGCAAAAUAUUUGAAAUUUCAUAGUCAGAAAGUCGAAUCUUCCAGAAACGGCAGACUUCGGCGAUUAUCCGUGAGAUUUUGACUCUAAUCUGGAGACCGGGAGAAACGGUUCAAAAUCUGGAGUCUCCGGGAUUAUCUGGGAGAGUUGACAGCCCUGAACGGGGAUUUUCUGUUUACUACAGGCUUGUUUAUAGUUUUCUCGCAGUUUUCAAUUAAUUCAAUCAGUUUUUUUUACAUAGAAAAAUUUCCAUUCUAAGAUAAUCGGAUAUGUAGAUAUUAUGUUAACGAUGCGUUCUGCACACUGUAUUUGUUUUUAUGGAUUCAAGAAAGAUCAACUUCGAUCGACCAUAUUUAAUUAUAUUACAAAUUACAUAUUUUCGCUUUUAAAGGUAUGUACAGCGUUGUAUUUGCCUUUGUUUGUCACCAUUUUUGAAAAAUAUACACAAAGUUGAAAAGUGAAACGUUGACCUUUUCAUCUCACUAAUCUAAUUUCGGGUGCGUUGGACACUUAAACUUUUCCGAUAAUUUAAUUUUUCUGUAUCCCAAUUUUUAGCCAAUUAUAUUGACCAUCCUAGAGAGCAAAAGAAUAUCCUGAGGAUCAUAGUCAGUGUUUGACCUGUUGUUACAUACAUGUACUUUACUUAGAGGUUUAGCCAAGUAAAUAUAAAAAGUACUGUACGCUCUUGCAUUUUUGAGGAAAAAUGAAAUAGUAACGAAUUGUAAAGUAGGAGGACAAACAAUAACACUGAUAAAGACAGCUGCUGAUAUUCAUAUUGAUAAAAGUGUUUGGUUUUGAUAUCUCAAUGUUAUAAGCCCAUCAGGGUUUGCGCUCCCUUCCCAAUAGCGCUCACUACCCACCAACCCACCUCCCCUCCCCAUCGAACGCACUCCCCUAAUUUGCAAUUACUACUAGUAGAGAAAUUAUUUGCUGUGAUUUAUGCUACUGUAGGUGUUUUUGGUGACCAGAAAAGUGACAAUUUUCGCGCGAAUAAAGGAUCGUGUUUUGAUUGGUCCUUUUGACAUCACCACCCCCAGUCAAUGUCAAUGGGCGUAGGUGGGUGGAAGAGCCAGAACAAUGGACUGGUAAUAGCACCUCCCCUUGCUUGGCUCAUUAAGCACCUGUUAUGCAGGCUAUCUAAAAUGUCCAAGGUCUUUUAUACACUGGUUAUUUAACGUAGUUCAGAACGCGACAAUAUAAGAUGCAUUUCCGUCAAUCUCUUCUUGCGAAACGUUCCACACCUUUACUUAUCAGUCUAGAGAUUCCUUCGGCUUGGCGUGCAACGAUCCACUUAGAAUGGAGCAGUCGCGAAUAAUGACAAUGCACGAACAUGUCAACUGAGUGACCCGUAGAGAUUGGCACUACAGUGUAGGUUCCUGCGGGCCCGUGCACUUGUGUAAAUAAGUAAAGUCAAGAAAAUAAAGAUUGUUCUUGAAUGGGUGACGGGCCAAAAGGACUUUUGAGCAAGACACUUGCUAUAAAUGUUUUAAAUUCAACUAACAAUAUUUUCAUUCCAUAAAGGUAAUCCCUUCCCCUCCCUAGAGAGGCUUGUUGAUGCGCUCAAACAAGACGAGGUUGAUGGUAUCUUGGUUGACGUAUACACAGCGCAUUACAGGAGUGACCUCUUUAAUGUGACCUGGAUCAAAAUCAGUCAAAUACUCGCUUAUAAAUUCACCUGUGGGGUGAUAAUUAGUGGAAAUGCAGCUAAACUGGAGCGAAUAUUUCGGGAGUAUGUUGGCAAUAAGAGUACAGUUGUCACUGAUAUUCUACAGAAGACAAACCAAGAAAAUGAAAAGGUAAUUGAUACGGCAUAAAAAACUCUCAGAAUCGUCUCAAUAACCUGUACCACGUCCACCAUUUUCACACCAUAAUCAGUUACUCUUAUCACCGAAACCGAUGUCAUCAGUCAUCUUGAACAUCAUAUCAACGUCCUCAGCAGUGACUCCGACUCGUCGUAUAGUUUAUUAACCUUACUUUCUACAUGAAUUCUUAUCAUCGUCGUUGUUAUCAUCAUCAUCAUCACCAUUGAAUAAACUACUGUAUUGUAUUUGUUGUUGAUUCUCUCGUUUGCUCCGACAGGUUUUCCGCCCGGUACAGUGGUUUUCCCCUGUCCUCAAAACUAACAUUUCCAAAUUCCAAUUCGACAAGAAAUGAUAAACUAAGAACCACAAUGUGAAUGUUCUUUCUCUAAGUCGAUGUUUAUUUUAAUUAUAUAUUUAUUCAUCAGUGGUAACGUCUCCCUAAGUGUCAUUAACACUACGUUAAUGAUCGUUCUCUAGCAGCUCCUAUCGUGUAAAACGUAUGUUUUCUCUCUGGGUACUAACGGUGCGCCAAGGGCCUUUCCUAACAUCGAAUAUCAACUAGUAGUAGUAACUAAGGUAAAAAGAUCUGGCACCUUCCAGUUUUGUAGCCUUGUGCCGUUGUUUACUUCAUUCUACUUUAGUUGUUCAUUCAAUUGCUCUUAGAGUAUUGAAAUAAUGAAAAAGAUUAUUGAUGAUGAUGAUGAUGAUGAUGAUGAUGAUGAUGAUGAUGAUGACGAUUAUAUUUUAUUCAACGUGAAGAAAUGCACCUACGGUUUUGAUAUUACAACAUACUGAUAUACUCCCAUAGCAAUUGCAAGCUAGUUUUCAAUUACUUCACGAAGAACUAAUUUUUGGAUAACCGCAGACUCACACAGAGUUAACUUAGUAAAGUUACUAAAUGACCUAAAACCUUACAAUCAAAUUCAACUUGAUCUAUUUCUAUAGGUUUCUCACACACAAAGCAGAAUACAAAAAGAAACGGUUCCUCUACUGGAUCCAGGGACAGCUCUGUUUAACCUGAGUCUAUUUAUCUUGUUCUCCCUGCUGUGCGUAGCUGUUAUUAUUGGAAUGUUGUAUCAGUUAUGGUACAGUGGACGGCAAAAACGGCGUUACGAUAUACAAGGUACCGCAACUCGUUGACCACUGAAGUUUCAAGCUAGUAAUAUCUUUAUAGGACCAAGAUAAUCCGAGAAAACUACGCCGAAUGAUUGAGUAGGCAAAUCCAGGGGGGUUGAGAGUGGAUCCCCCAAUGAUCUAGCAUAGUAGGUGGGGCUAAACAGAAUGGGUGAGCAUCAGCACAUUAGGGGGUGAGAGGCAUGCUUUCCAGGGGAAAAUUGCAAAUUCAGCACUACUGAAAUAGAGAAUAAUUUAUACCAAAGGCCUUUUUCUGAUGUUUUUUUUAUAUUGCAUGUUUGCAGCAAUAAGAAUGAGAGAAAGGAAAGAAUACAAGAGGACGAAACAGGAGCUACAAUCUACGUUGGAAGAGUUUUAUCAACGUUUUUAUUUAACGUACAAACAACUGCGGUUGAAACAUCGCAAGCAGCUAAAAUGUUUGAAAAAAACGGAAAAGUCUCUAAAUAACCUACGUAACAGGGACGUGGUCUAG